AUGAAAUAUGUACUAAUUGUUGUGUUGGCCGUUUCAAAUGGUGUGUAUUUGAGUAAUGGAAUAAAAUUACCAAGUUAUAUAAAACCAUGCAAACCAAACCAAUCAAAUUUUAGCGAGUGUGCUGUUGCUGAGGCUAACAAAAUACUUCCAAUGUUGAUAAGAGGUUAUCUACCAUUCAAUAUUCCACCUUUAAAUCCGUAUUACACACCAAAAGUAAGAAGUCUUCCAUCAAGUGAUAGUAAUCUCAAUGUAAUAUUGGAAAAUGUGUUUAUUUAUGGUUUAGACGAAAUUGAAGUUUUAUCAGUAGAGUUUAAUUUUACAGAACAUGUUAUUGAUUUAAAAGUCAAUAUUCCCAAAUUAAUCAUGCAAUGUCAUUAUGAAGUGGAAGGAUAUGUAUUAAUUUUGCCAUUAAAUGGAAAAGGACCAGGAAAUAUCACAGCAGUGAAUGGAACUUAUAAUGGCAGACUUUUAUAUUCAUUAUAUACAGAAAAUGGAGACGAAUACGCAAAAAUGGACAAUGCAACGAUAAAGUUCGAGCUUGAACGUUUAUAUGCGCAUUUAGAAGAUAUUGUUCAUGAUGACAAAGAGUUCAGUGAAGACACGAACCUCUUAAUUAAUAGCCAAUGGCGUUACGUAGUACAAGAAUUCAGUCCAUUAAUAAAAGAAACUAUAGGAAAUCUUGUUUUAGAAGUGUUUAAUGGAAUUUUCAAAAAAGUGCCAUUUGUAGAGAUUUUUGGUGGUGUUUAAAUUUCAGGAAUAUUGUAAUAAAUUAAUGAUGAACGAAUAGGCCAAUAAAUACUUGCAACAGUUAUCUGGACCA